CAUCCCUGGCUCCAGGCGUGCGCCGCUACAAUCACAACACAGGUCAAAGAUGGCAGCGCUGUCAUCUCCGCUGCGAGUGUGUCGCGGAAUCUUGAAAGAACUGCGUGCAAUUCAGGGACCGAGUUACAAAAAGUCACUAGCUUACAACUAUGUUAUGGACCAGUUUCGCAAGAAUAAGGUGACUGGAGAAAGGUACUGCCGUGCCAAGCAGGAAGCGCACCAUGCCUCACACACAUACUUGUGUUUACUAGCUUCCACCAGAAACCACCUGGUCCUGCACAAUCUUUACCAUGGCAAGGGAGAGCGCAGCCCAGAAGAGGUGGCUAGUCUCGUGGGGCUGAGGUUGCCCACCCAGCCAGGAGGCAAAGGCUGGGAGAAGUGAGGACUCUGGACAAACAGUCUUUAAAAUCUUAAGAGACGUGUGUGUGUGUGUGUGUGUGUGUGUGUGUGUUUGACUCAUCUGGACAGUCGACCUCAUGUAAAUCAAACUCUUUGACAGGUUGGGAGUUAUGUUAUGUGAGCUGUCUGAGAGAUUAUUUUACCUGUGUUCAAGAGGUGGAAAAAAAUCAGUGUACUGUGAAAAUGUAAGCUGCAGUUAAAAUCUCUGAUUAAUAUAUCCCCCCC